UUCUUCUCGUCAGUUCUCUCUUUCUCUCUACUUUUUCUUCCCAAAGCUCCUAAGAUCUCUUCAUGGCAGACACCGGCUCCUUCACCGAUUACUUGGAGCUGAGACCGGACAAGGCUGGGCUGCUUGAUCUUCUCCAUGUGUUGUAUUCUGGAAACGUUGAUGAGAAUGAGUCCAUGUUUGGGCCGCCGGGGACGGAGAUCGCCGGAAUGAGGCGGAGAUGGGAUAUCUUUAUCUCCCUUCUCGCGCAGAGGAGUCUGCUCCUUUUAAGCUCUCCUAUGGCUCGGUUCGGGUCGGCCGUCGGCUUUUGGGGAAAUCUGGUUCCCGACAAUGGCGGCUUGUUGUCUCUGUUUGCAAAUUUUAUGAGAGGUGAAGUCCAAAUGCCAGAAAAAGGAUCAGAUACGUACAGAUCCGCCAUUGGGCUUAUUGAUACAAGAGUAAAGCUAGAUAAGAGUAUCAAGAGUGGCGACCCACGAUACCAAGCAGCACUUGCUAUAAUGGCCGCCAAACUAUCCUACGAGAACGAGCGCUUCAUUAAAAGUACGAUAAAAAAUCAAUGGAAGAUGGAGUUCUUGGCAUACUACAACUGCUGGAAUGAUUACCAGGAGGACUUCACCACCCAAGCCUUCAUCAUGCGCGACAAAACCAACAGCCCCGCCGAUCUCAUUGUGGUCGCCUUCCGCGGCACCGAACCCUUCGACGCCACCCAGUGGUGCACCGACAUCGACUUCUCAUGGUACGAAAUCCCCCAUGUCGGCAAGAUCCACGGCGGCUUCAUCAAAGCCUUAGGCCUCCAAAAGAACGGCAGCUUGCCGGAAAAGCUCGACGCUCACUCCAAUAACCAGAAGCCAUACGCCUACUACGUCGUGCGCGAGAAGCUUCGCGAUGAGCUGCGGCGCAAUGAGAACGCGAGGUACGUUGUGACGGGGCACAGCUUAGGCGGUGCUCUGGCAGUUCUGUUUCCGUUGGUGCUCGCGCUUCACGGUGAGGAUUUGUUGCUGGAGAGGUUGGAGGGGGUUUACACGUUCGGGCAGCCGAGGGUUGGGGACGAAAAGCUCGGAGAGUUUGCAGAGAAGUAUUUGGGUGAUGCGGAGGGGAGGAGGAGAUACAGUAGGUUUGUGUAUUGCAAUGAUUUGGUGCCGAGGUUGCCUUAUGAUGAUUCGACGCUCUUGUUCAAGCAUUUCGGCAAGUGUCUCUACUACAAUAGCUUCUAUAGAGGAACGGUGAAGGAUGAAGAGCCAAAUAAAAACUACUUUUCAGUGUUCACUGUGAUUCCCAAAUAUUUUAAUGCAAUGUGGGAACUGGUUCGAGGAUUUUUUAUUGGAUUUAUUGAAGGGUCAGAUUACAGUGAAGGAUGGACUUUGCGGUUGCUGAGGUUGUUUGGGCUGAUAGUACCAGGAUUACCACCUCAUUCUCCACAGGAUUAUGUCAACUGUACAAGACUGGGAAAUUAUCUGCCCUUAGAUACUGAUAAACAUGAAAUUAAGCUAGAUUAGAUGGAUGAUUAUAAGAUAUAUAUUUACUUGGGCGCUUAGUUUGAAUGUAGGGAUUUGACUGAAAGGAGAUUUAAACAGAGAAAAGGCAGAUUUAGUUCAUUUGUACGUAGUCACAGUUGUGCCAUAAUACCAUGAAUUAACUCCUGCAUGUACACUUUGAGCAACAUUUUAAAGCAAUAAAUUAUAUUUCGU